UGCGCGUCCUGACGCGCCCCUGUUUCGUUCACCGAUUUCGAUUUUAGUCACUCCCGGGUUCGGCUUCGGAGAAAAUCGUCUCUCCCGGUCCGCGCGACAUUUUCGGCCACCGCCCCGAAACGCUCCGACGCGGCUCCGUAGCGUGACGUCGAAAACGAUCUCCCCGUCUUCUCUUCGGCUUGUUAGCGAUCCGGGAAACGAGGAAGGUAUAGAACACUCGGAGGGGUGGCGACGAUCUCUCCGCGUCUCUUGUGGACCUUUCAGGAGAGGAUACAUAUUAGAGAGAAAGAAAAAGAGGGAGAGAGAGAGAGAGAGAGAGAGCAGAAGAUAAUACGCAUAUCGGGGCUGUACCGAUUUUCGUGAAAAAAAAAGAAGUACGGUCGCGACGACCUCUACAAGCGACAUUAACAAGGAGAGUCUCGCGAUGAAGCAGGAGCCGGAGGACGAGGAGGAUUGUUACUUCGACGAGUCGAGUUUGCCGCCGACAUCGACGUCGCCACCGACGACGGCCUUGCUACCGCCGCCAGCACCUCCGCCAUCCUCGUCAUCCGCAUCGUCCGGCCGGCAUAGCAGCGCAGUCACGCAUCGGGUACGUUCCCACGCGCGCAGCCUACGCGCCAUGGCGAAUCCCAGCGCAGUCUGGGCGCACUUCGACCUCUGCGCCAACGAUCCACUGCGCGCACAGUGUCGUAUCUGCGGAGCGGUCGUCGUCAGGGGUGGCGCAAAUCCGCGCCAGUGCGGCACGACAAAUCUGCACCGGCAUCUCAGGGUGCAUCACGGCGGCAGGCUGAUCGGCAGGCGAUACCAUGUUUUACAAUCGACGUCCCAAAGUAACACGACUGCUAAAACUAUAAGGAUAGCUACGCAAUCUUUAGUGAGACCUCAUAUUCGUAACAUUGCACCAGCGCCUCAGCAGCAGCAACAGCAGCAAUCACGACAACCAAAGACUCUUGUGUUAAAAACUAUUCCGCUGAAAGUGAAACAAGUUGCACCUACGACUAUCAAGAUGCCACCACGGCAAACCAAUCAAGGAUUACCACACAACGUCGUCCAUCAACAACCUACAGAAGUCUGUUUGAGGUGGAACAGUUACCAUAGUAAUAUGCAAAAUAGCUUCCCAUCGCUACUAGAUACAGAACAGUUCGUCGAUGUGACCCUUGCAUGCGAAGGACGAUCUUUAAAAUGCCACAAGAUGAUUUUAUCUUCAUGCAGCGACUAUUUGGCAGAUUUAUUACGGGAGAAUCCGUGUCAACAUCCUAUUAUUCUAAUGAAGGAUUUGAAAUUUUGGGAGGUGGAGGCCUUGGUUAAAUUCAUGUACCGUGGAGAAGUCAAUGUUGCUCAUGAUAAGCUACCGCAGCUGUUAAAUGCCGCAGAGGCAUUGCAAGUGAAAGGUCUAGCUGGACCAAGUCCUUCAUCUCAAAACACAAAACCACCACUGCUUAUACCUCAGUCGAAGCCAUUAUCGUCUCAACUUGUAGUUCCUAGAGGUAUUACAGAAACCAAAGAGAAUAAAGCAUCACCUCCAAAAGUGUCCACGUCUUCUAGCCCUAAACGCGCGCAAAAGCGACAACAGUCCGAGUCCAUAGAGCCGAGACCUUUUACCAAAAUACGUUUACAGCGACCCGUCACGCCGUCGUCGCCCUGUGCGACCGUGAAGAUGGAACCUUUAGAUAUACCUCUUAGUCCAACGGAAAUAUUUUCGGAGAGUAACGAGGACGUUACACCUACCUCAGACUUCGAGAAACUCAUGAGUUUGCACGAGGAAGACGAUCCGGGUGGCGAGGAGGUCAACGACGGCGACGAGAGAUUACAUUUUUGUGAACUACCUGGUCCGCCGGAUUUAAACGAUAACGAAGACCAAAUGGAAUUUGUACCUACUGAUUUCCUGGAACAACAGGAAAUUGUCGAGGAAUCGGAAUCGAGUUGUAAUAGAGACAGUAAUAAAAAGGACUCUGUCGAUUAUGCUUCCACCGACGUCGGAGAAGACAAUGAAAUCUCUAACAACGAGGUGCAGCCGUUGAAGGAAAAAAAAGCGGCAUAGUAGUAAAACGUAGGGAUAUCUUCGUGUCGUGAGUCAUGUGCUACAAAUUUCGACUUGUAUAAGAAUAUGUGAUUUUAUUUCUCAAAAAUGCAUUUUUUAUGGCGAAAAAAUCGGGUUUAUUAAGAUAAUAAAAUCAGCUAGAAGACAUUAUGCAAUUCAAUUAUUAUAAAAAACAAAUUAUUAAAGAGAUUAUAAUUUUUUUGGAAUCUACGUAACAAUAAUACUUGACUAAAAAAUGCUCUUUUACUUUAUCUUGUGCAUCAAACUCUCUAACGAAAGAUUUAUACUUUAUCGUUUGUAUAAAUGUAGCAUUUGUGUGAAAAAAAACUAUGAGGCAGAUACAAUACAUUAUAUUAAGUAUAUUUCUACUAGUCCAGUAUAUCUUUUUUUACAGCAUACCUAUAAUAUAUAUUUAUUUAACUAUAUCUUUUAUGUAAUAACUAACUUUAUAUAUACAUAUAUAUACAUAUAUAUGUAUAUGCACACACAAUAUAAAUAUUUGACAUAGCAAUGCAUUUAUAAGGAUUAAUAAUACUGUUUGCUGUUAUAUCGAAAUAAUAUAUUCGGUUGUCUCGUAAAUGGAUGUGUGAUCAGUUUCAUUUUAUAUAAAAAUAUGAAUUUUAGAACUCUAGAAUUUGUGUUGUAACUUAUUUCAUCUAAUGUAUAAAUAAUAUAAUAUCAAAUUGUAAUUAUUUAUACAUUACGAAUAUGCAUUAAAUAAAAACUGUAUCAUUGUCGCUGGUGCGCGCAUUGUAAAGUCAUAUGUGAUUGGAAUAAAAUAUUGUAGGUGUAAAUUGUAUAACAUGUGAAGAUUACAUCUAAAUAAAUAACUAUUACAACACA